AUGUCUAAGGAAGUUAGUAAUUCCAAUAGAGAUCCUCUUUGUGUUGGGAGGGUAAUUGGAGAUGUUCUUGACGAUUUUACUAGGUCAGUUACUCUUAAUGUUAGCUAUGGAAACAGGGUUGUCAACAAUGGUGUUGACCUCAAGCCCUCUGUUGUUGCCAAUCAACCUAGGGUUGACAUUGGUGGAACUGAUCUCAGGACCUUCUACUCUUUGGUAUGCCUUGGACCUGAUGCACCCAGUCCUAGUAAUCCAAAUCUUAGAGAAUACUUGCAUUGGUUGGUGACUAAUAUUCCAGGAACUACUGGGGCUACCUUUGGUCAAGAGAUUGUGGAUUAUGAGAGCCCAAAACCAACGGUGGGGAUUCACAGGGUUAUAUUUGUGUUGUUCAAGCAACUGGAAAGGCAAACUGUGUAUGUACCAGGGUGGCGCCAGAACUUCAUCACCAGAGACUUUGCUGAGCUUUACAAUCUUGGAUCUCCUGUGGCUGCUGUUUACUUCAAUUGCCAGAAGGAAACUGGCUGUGGAGGAAGAAGAUGA